UUAGCAAUUAAGAACAUUUUACGGAAUAAACAUUAAAUUACGCAUUUUGCAUUAUUUUCUCAAAAGUAAAUGUGUUGCAGAAAUUUAAUAUCAAUAUAAAGUGAAAUUAAAUAUGUAUACUAAAAAUUACAAAAAAAAAUAUAUAAAUUAAAUAUUUUGUAAAAUAAUGUCUUCAAUAUGUGAAUUCGAUCUAAGCAAUUCCAAUGGAGUUUACUAUAGUGGAGAAAUUAUUAGCGGUGCGAUAGUUUUGAAGACUUCAUUCCCCAAAGAUAUAAGAGACAUACGCAUCAUAUUUCGUGGCGAGGGCAAAGUAUGUUGGUCUGAAAAUGAAAAACGAAAACAUUCAGAUGGUAACUACACAAAUGAGUCGAUCAAUUUUGUGGCUAACAAAUUGUAUAGACAAUAUCACUACGGUUCAUGGCGAAGGUACACUACAACCCGGAACUUAUACAUAUCAAUUUGAAAUACAACUACCUCUAGAAUGUCCCACCGCUUGUGAAGGACGUUUUGGUCAUAUACGCUACAUACUGGCGUUAAUGCUAAGAAGGCCAUCACGUUUUGAUAAUACGUUUAGUAAGCCAUUGACUGUGAUAAAAUCACAAGAUUUAAAUUUAAAUCCAGCAUUUAGGACUCCUGUUACAAGUGAGGAUAUAUAUAAUUCCAUCAGUUGGUUUUGUCUGGGCGGCAAAAUUACUGCUACACUUUCAAUUCCCUUUGGAGGCUAUGCUAUUGGUCAAAGGAUAAAAUUUACACUUCAAAUCCAUAAUCAAUCAAUGAACGAUCUCUAUGGCUACACUAUAGAAUUUACUCGUAAUAUGAGAUUUACAGCCCAUUCUCCGCAUCUCAGGUCACGUGAUGACAUUACCAUAUUAUAUAAGAAAACUUAUGAUAAUAUUUGUAAAACCUCAACCACUCGUAUCUUUAAUGGUGAUUUCCAAAUAGUUUCUACACCACCUAGUACUGAGAAUACAGGUAUUUUACGUGUAAGUUAUAUAUUACAAGUUCUUUUAAAUACAGGAGGUUGUAAUGCAAAGAAAGUUAAUAGUGUAAGAAUACCAAUAUUUAUUGGUGAUGUACCAUUAAGAGAGAGUUUUGCAUCAACAGCUCCCAUUGAAAGUGAUAAUUUUAGAGCCACUGCACCCACAGCACUCGAUCUUACAUUGGAUGAGGAAAGAGAUAAUGAUUUGCCACCAAGUUAUCAGGAAUUAUGUCCUCCAUCUUUCGAAGAAGCUAUACGUAGUGGUUCACCUUUUAUAGAUAUUGAGGUAGAUGAACAUAAUCGUCAUAUAGGCUUUAGUCCGUUGUAUCCCACAUAUUCACAAAGUAAUAAUUAAGUUUUGCAGUUUAUGCUCGAAUAUAUUUUUAAAUAUUUUUAUAAAUUUUUGUAAUAAAAACAGAAAAUCAUAUAUCCCAAAAUUUU